AUGGGUACUACUACUACUACUACUACUACUACUACUACUACUACUACUACUACUACUACUACUACUACUACUACUACUACUACUACUACUACUACUACUACUACUACUACUACUACUACUACUAAUACUACUACUACUACUACUACUACUACUACUACUACUACUACUACUACUAGCCAUACUAAUAAAUCAAGUUUGUCCCGAAAAUUAUCAUGA